AUGCCUGAGCCAUCAGACAGCCAGAUUGUCACUGCAUCUCAAGAAACCUAUGCAUUACUUCAGGAAUCUCUUUGCUCGGCAGAGAACCCACUUUCUAAGCGGUUUCGAGCUCUUUUUACUCUCAAGGCGCUUAAAACCAACCAAGCAGUCGAUAUUAUUGCUCAAGCAUUUGUCGAUCCUUCUGCUCUUCUUAAGCAUGAGCUUGCAUAUGUUCUUGGUCAAAUGAAAAACUCUCAUGCCAUUCCAUACCUAACUCGGGUGUUGAGAAACAUGCAGGAACAGCCCAUGGUCCGCCACGAGGCUGCCGAGGCGCUUGGUGCGAUUGCAGAUCCGUCUGCUUUGGAAAUUCUGCAACCUUUUUUGAAAGAUGAUGUCGUGGAGGUACGAGAAACAACUGUGCUUGCUAUCGAGAAAAUCAAAUAUGAAAUGAGCAAGGCUGAAAACAACGAUGUCUCUGAGGAAGAUUCCUGUAUGUACUCGUCUGUAGAUCCUGCACCUGCAGCUAAACAUGCCCAUUUAUUGACAAAACAACUUCGUGAAACCCUUUUGGAUGAUAACAAGUCUUUGUUUGAACGAUACCGUGCCAUGUUUGCUUUGCGUAAUCGGGGCAACUCGGAAGAUGUACUUGCUCUUGCUGAUGGUUUUGCUGAUAAUAGUGCCCUGUUUCGUCACGAAAUAGCAUAUAUUUUUGGUCAGAUGCAGCAUCCAGCAAGCAUUCCCUCACUUAUCAAAGUGCUGUCAAACACUUCUGAAUCUGCAAUGGUUCGCCACGAAGCUGCUGAAGCACUUGGAUCGAUUGCUUAUCCCGAAUGUUUUCAAGUGUUACAAAAGUUUGUCAAUGAUCCGGAGCAAGUCGUUCGCGAAAGUUGUGUCAUUGGAUUAGACAUGUUAGAGCACGAAAGCUCUGGUGAAUUCCAGUAUGCAAAUGGCUUGGGACAAUAA